AUUGCUUUUCCUCGCCUCCCUGGGCGAGGGGAGCCCGGCCGGCUCUGCCACCCGCGACUUUCCCGUGGGCGCCGCCGCUCCAGCGCCCCGUUCCUCCCGGCUGCGACGGGACGGGCGGAGCGGACGCUCCUCUCCCGCGGCACCGCCGGCUCCUUCCCGCUCCCCGCGGGGGCGUGGCGGGGCCUCCGCGGAGCGGCUAUAAAGGCGCUGCGGAGCGCGGCCGCCCCGCUCCGCCGUGCCAUGGCCAACCCCUCGCAGUGCCUGGAGGAGGGCGCCGGGCGCUGGCCGCCGCGCCCGCCCGGGCCCUACAGCGAGGCGCAGCGGCUGGCGCUGGAGGAGCUGGUGGCGGGCGGCCCCGAGGCGCUGCGGGCCUUCCUGCGGCGGGAGCAGCUGCCGCCGUUCCUCUCGGAGCCCGAGGUGCAGGCCAUCGCGCGGGGCGCCCUGCCGCCCGCCGCGGGCCCGGAGCCGGCGGGCGAGCCGUCGCUCGGCGCCUCCCUAGACGCCUCGUCGCUCACCUACUUCCCCGAGCGCUCGGACCUGGAGCCGCCGGCGCUGGAGCUGGGCUGGCCGGGCUUCGCCAGCGGCGCGUUCCGCGGGCUGACGCGGGUGGAGGCGCAUUUCCAGCCGGGCUGCGGGGACAGCCCGUACGGCUGCAAGGAGGCGGUGCGGCGGCAGAUCCGCUCCGCUCGGCAGAUGAUUGCCCUGGUUAUGGAUUCCUUCACAGAUACUGAUAUCUUCAGAGACCUCCUGGAAGCUUGUAGCCAGCGGCAAGUUAAAGUGUAUAUCCUUCUGGAUCAGGCUUCAUUUUCCCACUUUCUGAAAAUGUGCAAGGAUCUGGGAGUUGACCUGGAACAGGAAAAGCUGAUGAGAAUUCGAAAUAUCACUGGGAACACAUACUACACAAGGUCAGGUGCCAAAAUUGUUGGAAAAGUCCGUGAAAAGUUCAUGUUAAUUGAUGGCAUUAGAGUGAUAACAGGCUCCUACAGUUUUACGUGGACAGAUGGGAAGCUGAACAGCAGCAACAUUUUGAUCCUGUCAGGCCCCGCAGUUGCACACUUUGACCAGGAGUUUCGGACUCUUUAUGCACGGUCAAAGCCGAUCAACCUCAAAGAGUCAUCCAGCUGCAAGGAGAGGAAGAUGUUGGACCAGGUGGUCAGGAUAACAGUGGCUUCCAGAGACUUGACCAGGGAAAACUUCCUGCGAAUGGAGUUUUUGUAUCUUAGAGCAUUUGUAGGGAAUCUGAAAAGGAAGCGGAGCUGGCUGCACGCCUCGCGGGAGGCGGUCUACGUGCCAAAUACCGCGCUGCACGUCUCUCCUCCGCUGACUAAGAGGAACGGCUCUCUCAUUAUGAGGCCACACUGGAUCGUAGAGAGAUGAAUCUCAUGUUCACUCGGAGCGAGAAGCAGAACCUCAGGAACCUCCAGUGAUCCGUGUCCAGAAGUGUCUCACAGUAUGUUUGGGAGAGCAGCUGGGAAACAAACCUUGAACUGGGAGAAAGUGAUACUGGGAUUGUGGUUUCAUUUGAAGACCACUGUAACGCAGAUCAACAGAUACAAUUAUGGUAUUGAUUUAGGCGCAGAUGUGUUUUUUAAAAAAAACAAGACACCUGGAAAGCCAUUAUUGCCUUCUAGUAUUCUGCCUGAUUUUCAGUUUUCAACCUAUUCUUCCGUGGUUUAGGCUGAUGGGUUAGCAGUGUCCUUGCUCAGUAGCUCAAACCUUUUGUUUUUUAAGGAAUCUGAGUAUAGAAAAUUAUAUUGCUUGAAGGUCUUUCAAUAAUGAAUAGCAGGACUGUUGUACGGCUCUGAAAUCAGUCUAAGCUUAGUCGUGUGUUGCAUAAACUCUCCACGAACUCUCCCAUGACACAGAACUGAAGCAGAGUAACCAUAAUCUAGAAACUAGUAGAUCGGUGCCAUGCUACUAGUCCUCAAAUGUUGAAUUUUCUUUACACGAAGCUGUGCUGCUUGGCAGAAUGAACUAACAUGUCAGGCAAGCAAAGCUUUUGCAAUGGCUCAAUUUUAAAUGACCAUUUUUUUGUAAUUAUAAGAAUACUUGGAUUGUUGGACAUGCAAUAAAUGCAUGCAAAGGAUAGUAUUCCUAAGAACCUGCUAUGUUUGUAGUAGAGCCAAAUGAGACCAUUUUCUUGGCAUUACUGUAUUUAGUGUUUGGUUUCUUUAUGGUUGCUACUGCUGUCUGAUCUUGUGGGAAAAGCUGAGCAGAUCUGAAAUCUGUGAAGCUGCUGCUACUUCUCAAAAGCCUUGUUUCCACCAGACGUGAUAACGUGAAAGUCUGAAAUACAACCAUUUAUUCUUAAAGUUUCAUGCAAGCUCAUUAUUUUAAAAAAUCCGUUAGUUUCUGGAGAAAAACAAAACAACGGCAAAUGAAUAAACUAUCCUCCCAAAAGGCUGUACAUUGAGGCACUGAUUUUCCAGCAGCCAGCCAGUGCAGCAGCUCUGCAGCUCUGGCAAAAGCAAAGCUGCACCAAUUCUCAAGUUGUUCUUGAGGCUGUUGCACUGCAAAAAACUCGAGGAGAUGUUUGUGUAAGGGUCUCGUGGGUUCUGGGCUUCAAAUGGGAAUGUUAAAACUCAGCUUGGGAAUUUCGUAUGGGUCUGUGCUAAACAUCAGCAGGACAACAUUAAACUGGACAUGUGGAACUUACAAAAGUGGUCUUCACUGACAGUACAAUAGUGUGCUGAUCAGGGUACAACUAAUCUGCGCCCUUUUUCUUCUGCGUUUACAAUCAUCGACUUGUAAAAGUUCUGGCUCUUCUAAUCUGUAAAUGUUCAAUAGUUUAAUAGUCUUAUCCAGAUGUAAAUAAGUUUGAAACAUGAAUUUUUAUUCUUAACGAUAUUUCCCAUAAACAUGCAAAAAAUAGAGUGUUGUACUCUGUGCAAAGUGUUGUUUGUGCAAUUUUAUUUUCUCAAUUCCUUUCUGUAUAUAUUUUCUCAAAUACAACUGUUAAACUUUUUAAUUCAUCUCCUUACUUUAAUAGGCAACUCUUUCCAUGUGCCAUUAGUUGGAGUUUUUCUCAACAGUUGCUCAUAUAUUGACGAUACAAAAUACUUUGAUACUUAUGUUUAUUUUUGAUAGAGUGGACAUAGUCUGAAAAGUACGUUGAAAUAAAUAGCUAGAAUUUUAAGAA